AUGCCGCUGCUGCGAUUGACAACGGGAACUUUCGGCCAGCUACGCACUUUCGCGACGUCACCAGCCCUUGGGAAGAGAGUGAAGACCUUCGCUGUGUACCGCUGGAAUCCAGACGAGCCCGACAAGAAGCCUUACACUCAGAAUUAUGAGGUGGAUCUCGAUGACUGCGCUCCCAUGGUCCUGGACGCUCUGCUAAAAAUCAAAAAUGAAAUGGACCCAACGCUGACAUUCAGGCGUUCAUGUCGCGAGGGUGUAUGUGGCUCCUGUGCCAUGAACAUCGAUGGCAUAAACACACUGGCGUGCAUCAGCCACAUCGACGUAAACCUGAACAAGCCGACAAAAAUCUAUCCGUUGCCUCACAUGUACGUUGUGAAGGAUCUCGUACCAGAUCUGACUAACUUUUACCGCCAGUACCAGUCUAUCGAGCCUUGGCUGCAGCGCGACAAAGAGGCUGUGAAAGGUAAGGAGACACAGCUGCUGCAGGACGUGAAGGACCGCGAGAAACUGGACGGUCUCUACGAGUGCGUGCUGUGCGCGUGUUGCUCGACUAGUUGUCCGUCGUACUGGUGGAACGGCGACAAAUACCUCGGGCCCGCGGUGCUCAUGCAGGCCUACAGGUGGAUCAUCGACUCCCGCGACGACGCCACUCAGAAGCGUCUCUCCAAGCUGAAAGACACAUACUCUGUGUACCGCUGCCACACUAUCAUGAACUGCACACGAACAUGCCCUAAAGGUUUGAACCCUGGUCGUGCUAUUGCCCAGAUCAAAACCAUGCUGUCAGGUAUGGUCAAGAAGCAGCCACCGAUUAUGGACCCGUCAGGGCUUGAGAAGCAGGCUGCACACAACUAG